UAAGGAAAGCGAUGCAUCUGGCACCCACAAACUACACACUGAAGUUCGACGCAGCGGUCGCAAUGCAGAAGCUGGCCGUCUCUACUCUCCAGAAGACCAAGUGCAGUGCCGAUGAGGUUCGCAAGACUGUUGCGGAGAUCAAGAAUGCACUUGCACUCUUCCAGCAGUUGCAUGUACUCGACUCCCAGCCGGCGCGUGGAUUCGACUCCAAGAAGACGGAGAGUCAUAUAGAGUACUUGAAGGCGACGUUGGAGUCUGCCAAGGGUUCCCUGGAAACCGUGGAACGAGAAGAACAGCAGUUAAAGCAAAAAGUUGAGAAGGAGAAAGCACUCGCAGAAGUAGAGAAAGAGAAGCGCAGACAGGAAGACAAGCAACGUGCUGAGGAGGAAAGAAAGCGGCGCCUUGAGAGAGAGAAGCGGGCAUUGGAGUUCGACCAGAAGUUUGAAGAGCUCCGGGCACAAUGGAAGGAGAAGGACAAGCCUGCCAUGCCGGACGACGGCAAUGAGGACGGCAAUGGUGGUGGUAAGAAGAAGAAAGACAAGAAGAGGAAAAAGAAGGACGAGAAGAGGAGAACAGAGGAGGAGGAACAACAGAGGGAGGAAGACGAGGAGCAAGAAUGGAGAGGUGGAGACUCUCCGGAACAGGAGAGGGAAGACGGAGGAGGUGAUGAGCGGAGAGAGGCGUACGGAGAUGACGAUAUGGAUGAAGAUGUUGCAAGGGCUCUGCUUGCUCUGCGGGGUUAAGCUUUGUGAAGUGAGGGGGGUGAGGGGUGGGGGGUGGGAGGUGGGAGGGGGAGCGGGUGGGUCGCCAGCUGACCUUUGUCAAAGCCAAAGGGAGGCAGGGAGGGAGGUCUCCAAAAGCACCUUUGCCUGAACCUUUCCCGGUGGUCCACGCGGCAGGCUCUGCUCGCUCUCCUUGCCCCCCCCCCCCGCGCCCCCCCUGGCCACGCACGGCCCCGCAUCUUACAUUGCACGAGAAAUAAGGGUCCUCGAGGUAGCGGUGCUCUUUAGCUUCCGUCCGUGACACUC